CUUGCUGGAUCAGAGGCUUUAAAAUCUUUUUUCAUCUUCGAGCUGGAGCUGGGGUUACUCCUCGGCUUGGCCUCCCCCCUUAUUGCUCUCUGCCUCGCCUUUUUCCAGGACUACGCUAUUUUGCUUUAAAAAAAAAAAGACAAGAAAGAACUAAGCACCCCCCCCCCCUUUUCUUCUGCCUGGCUGCACCUCUGUCUUGCACUUUGCACGGAGGGAGAGGGAGCGCGAGAGGGAGAAAGAGAGAGGAAAGAAAAGAAAAAAAAUUCCAAAAGAGCCAGGCAGAAGAGGAGACAAGAAGCAUGAAGUAUUAACUCUCCCGUGCCAAGGCCCGCUUCGCCAGGACAGCUGCCCACCUCGCCUCCAGCCGAGAGCGGCCGCGGCGCGCGCCCAGCCAGCAGCCCCGGCGAGCCCUCCUUAUGCAAAGCGCGCAGCGGAGCGGCGAGCCGGGGACACCGCGCACCGGGCCGGGCUCCUCGGGCUUCGCCACCGCCUCCACCGCAGCCCGCGAAGGACCUUCCCGAGCCUGAAGCCACAAGCUCGGAGCGCACAGAGGCGAGCAGGCGAGGAGGGGCCGGGACGAGCGAGCAAGCGAGCACAUUGGCGUGAGCGGGGGGAGGGAGGGCGGGAGCGGGGGGUGCGGGCAGGGAGGGGGGGUGUGAGCGCUCGGAGGUUUCGGGACAGCCACAGCCGCGCGAGCGAGAAGCGCCCCAGCCCGGCAAGCUGGCUCACCCGCUGGCCGCCCAGCACAGCCCGCUGGCCCCUCUCCUGCAGCCCAUCUGGCGGAGCGGCGGCGGCGGCAGUGGCGGCAGGAGAAUGGCAUCAGAACUGGCAAUGAGCAACUCCGACCUGCCCACCAGUCCCCUGGCCAUGGAAUAUGUUAAUGACUUCGAUCUGAUGAAGUUUGAAGUGAAAAAGGAACCGGUGGAGACCGACCGCAUCAUCAGCCAGUGCGGCCGUCUCAUCGCCGGGGGCUCGCUGUCCUCCACCCCCAUGAGCACACCGUGCAGCUCGGUGCCCCCUUCCCCCAGCUUCUCGGCGCCCAGUCCGGGCUCGGGCAGCGAGCAGAAAGCGCACCUGGAAGACUACUACUGGAUGACCGGCUACCCGCAGCAGCUCAACCCCGAGGCGCUGGGCUUCAGCCCCGAGGACGCGGUCGAGGCGCUCAUCAGCAACAGCCACCAGCUCCAGGGCGGCUUCGAUGGCUACGCUCGGGGGGCGCAGCAGCUCGCCUCAGCGGCUGGGGCCGGCGCGGGCGCCUCGCUGGGCGGCAGCGGCGAGGAGAUGGGCCCCGCCGCCGCCGUGGUGUCCGCCGUGAUCGCCGCGGCCGCAGCGCAGAGCGGCGCGGGUCCGCACUACCACCACCAUCACCACCACCACGCCGCGGGCCACCACCACCACCCGACGGCAGGCGCGCCCGGCGCCGCGGGCAACGCGUCCGCCUCGGCCGGGGGCUCGGGCGGCGCGGGCGGCGGGGGCCCGGCCAGCGCCGGGGGCGGCGGCGGAGGAGGCGGAGGAGGAGGCGGCGGGGGCGCGGCGGGGGCGGGGGGCGCCCUGCACCCGCACCAUGCCGCGGGCGGCCUGCACUUCGACGACCGCUUCUCCGAUGAGCAGCUGGUGACCAUGUCCGUGCGCGAGCUGAACCGGCAGCUGCGCGGGGUCAGCAAGGAGGAGGUGAUCCGGCUGAAGCAGAAGAGGCGGACCCUGAAAAACCGCGGCUAUGCCCAGUCCUGCCGCUUCAAGAGGGUGCAGCAGAGACACGUCCUGGAAUCCGAGAAGAACCAGCUGCUGCAGCAGGUCGACCACCUCAAGCAGGAGAUCUCCAGGCUGGUGCGCGAGAGGGACGCGUACAAGGAGAAAUACGAGAAGUUGGUGAGCAGCGGCUUCCGAGAAAAUGGCUCGAGCAGCGACAACCCGUCCUCUCCCGAGUUUUUCAUGUACCCAAGGGAAUCCUCUACAUCAGUGAUGUGAAAAAUCCUGUUGCCUGAAGUCAAAGAGAUGUUCCUGACAUUGGCUAAGAUCCAGCCAGAUGCGGCCGAGUCUUACAGAGUCGACUGGGGGCAGGGCCAGUGGGAUAUGUACCUAAGGAAGAAGCUGAUGGAAUUUGUAUAAACAGUACUUCCUGGGUUCCAAGUCCCCAUCUUUUUUUUUCUUUUUCUAGUCUUACAAUUAGCUGAGUGGACAUGCUUCAUCUUGAUUGUACCUAAGCCAAUAUAAACUAAAGCAAAUGUAAAGGAGGCUUUAUUAUUUUGUGAACUGAGGUUUAAAAAAAGUAGUAAAAGUAUGUAGAAAUCCUACUUUUACUCUGUAUAGCUUAUCUUCUCAUAUUACCCAUAUUCAUCCACCAAUAAAAUGUAAGCAUGGUUUCCUGUUGCCCACUGUCAAAAGUGGUGCCCUGCACAGUGAUUUAAUUUAAAUAUAAAACUGUCCUAACCAUGUUUUACUUGCAAAGCUCAUCAAAGUAUUUCCACAGAAAUGGUGAAUCAGUGGUUCUCAUGAAAAGGACAUUUGAAAAACACAGACUGUAAAUUCUAAUUUCUUGGUGCCUCCAUUUGAAAAGUCCAAGUAAGAUCAGAGAAUGGGCUUGACUCUUCAUUACAGGCCUCUCAGUGCUUCUAGAUACUCAGGUUUUAGAGUUAAACCCCCAGCCCUCAAGGCAACAAAGAGUACACUCUUGCAUGCAGAUUUGGAGCACGGACCAAUCCAUCACAAGUUCUAAGACUAUGUCUCAAGCAAGUGACAUCAAUGUAUUUGUUGGCACUGAGCAAAUAUGGGGAAAUACUCCUGUGUAAAGUGUUCUAUUAUUCAAACUUACGUAAUUGUUUACUGUUGUUGUUUGUCUACUUGGAUUAUAUUCCUGCGUAACUCAUCCCGAAACCCCCUUUCUUUAUAAGGUUGCCUAAUGGUUUUCUUUUUGUGGGCACCAGCCGACUCCUGAGCUGAUUUAACCAAUCAGUUAUAUCUGUGUAUAUACAUUAUAACUAUUCUAAUGAUGCCACAUGAAUUUAUACUAGUUUCUGUAGUGAUAGGAUACUACUGAAAGGGCUGAUUUAGAGAUGGAAAUACACAUUUAUGGAAAAAAGGAAGAAGGAAUCUUUGCAAAAGUAUAACCCUCAUUAUUUAAAAUGAAAUGAUGCUUGUUUAAAGAGUUUGCAUUUUUAAAAGCACACAUUUAGUUACCUGCCAAAAUCUCAGGUUUACUGCUUCCAUUCACAGAUGCCAAUGUUUAAAUUCUCUUCACCUGCUGCUUACUGAGUCAUUUCCUCAGUCAAAAAAUUUCUGUAAAGUUGUUGUUUAGUAUCUAAAUUUUUUUUUGUUUUGUUUUCUUGGCACCUAAUGAAAUUAUCAGCAAUAAAUGAGCUAAGUAGAA